GUCUAAGUUUGUACCUGGCAUUUAAAUCAAUAACAUGAGCCGGCACACGUAUAUAGCAACGAACAGGAUUAAUAAACACCCGGAACCCGCCAUGUUGGAUACGAAGCUUUGUAGUUUACCAAUUGGAAAUAGUUCCCCCAUUUUCCAACCAAAAGAGGCUCUCUAACCAUGGACUCCCUAGAAAGCCUUGUUAAUGUUGUACACUGCAUUAUGUGUCAGUCGUCUGUGGCCCCGGUGUACUGUAAAGUUUGUCACAUACAGCUGUGUAAAGACUGUUUAGAAAAACAUACCUCUGAAUCCUCUAAAGUUCACAGUGUUGAGCAACUUGAACAACAUUCAGCUUCGUUGAACUCUCCCUGUGAUCGGUCACUAAUGACUGUACCUCUUGUCAUUACAUGUAUAUACACGGGGUAUGAUCCAUUUUACGGUGUGGCCUGUCUGAAUGAUUCAGAAGUAUGGACAUGUGGUUGGGACAACCAGAUGAAACUCUACAAUCUUCAGGGUGAACUUUUGAAGUCAAUACAAACCCAGUCAGGUCACAAGCCACGGCACAUAGCAGUGACAAGGAGUGGGGAGCUAGUUUAUACUGACCACAAAAAUGGAACUGUGAACAUAGUAAAGAAUACACAGAUAGAGACAGUAAUCGAACUUCAGGAAUGGAAACCUCUCAACGUCUGUUUUACUUCUUCAGGUGACCUCCUGGUUGUCAUGGACGUUGAUGAUAAACAAAGUAAAAUAGUGCGCUACUCUGGCUUCACAGAGAAACAAAGCAUUCAGUACAAUGAAAAAGGACAACCUCUCUUUUCACCUGGUGGAGAUAAAUACAUCAGUGAGAACAGGAACCUAGAUAUUUGUGUAUCAGACUGUGGAGCCGACAAAGUAGUGGUAGUUAAUCAAGCCGGGAGUCUUCGGUUCACCUAUACUGGCCAUCCCUUACCUACCGAGAGAUCAUUUAAUCCAUGCGGCAUCACAACAGACAGUCAGAGUCGUAUCUUGUCAGCUGAUGAUGAACACCACUGCAUCCACAUCAUUGAUCAGGACGGAGAGUUCCUCCGCUUCAUUCACAACUGUGGUUUAGAGGAGCCAUGGGGGGUGUGCUUGGACACCAGAGACAACCUUUUUGUGGCGGAGUGGGACACAGGUAAAGUUAAGAAAAUACAAUAUUAUAAUUAAAUUUGUUAAUAUAUACUCAAAGUAUCAAUUGUUUGAUUCUUAGUAUGUGUUAAGUUUAGAUGUAAAUUAAAUCAGAAUACAAAGGUGUUAUUGGUACUACACGUAAUAAUAUUUCACAUACAAGUUUUUAUUACAUACUCAUAUUUGUGUGUAAAUUAUAUAAACAAAUGUAAACAAUUGCGUCUCACAGUAAUGUGCACAUUAGUUGAGUACUAGUAUUUCUUAAACAUCUAUACACAUGUAAAAUGCUUUAGAUGUAAACUCACUGACCAUGCAUUUUAGAAGUGAACAGACUACAUGUAAUACAACUUAUGUAUAAUAUUCAAUGUGUUCAAUUAUUUCAUGUCAUCUAACUAGGCGAAUGUGUUGAAAUUUAAACAUUUGUGUGAAUUAUUUAUUUUAGUUGAUGCAUUUUUUGAAAUGACCUACAAUGUUUAAGUUUUAAGUCAACAUAUUAGAUAUGUUUAAACAUGAACUAUGUAAUUAUAAUAGGUACAUGUAUAUCGAUACAAACUCUGUUUUAAAUCAAAUUUAUAUAAAUUGACGGUUUAUUUAUAAAAUUGCAUGUCUACAAUGCUUGUUAAUCACUGAAUUUUUUUGGGUUUUUUUUGGUGUUAUAACUCAUUUUAAUACCGAAUAAAAAAACAUUAUUACCAUUAUAUAGUCUAAGACAAUUCUGCAGAGCAAUUUUUUUUUCAAGGGCACACGCAAAAGGAAAUAAAAUUAAA